CUUCGCCGUUAUAACAUCUUCGUGUUAUUGGUACCGCCGAACAUGACAAAUCUACUCCAACCGCUCUAUGUGGCUCUAAACAGGAGCUUUCAAGCUUUCUACAACGACCGAUUCGAUGAGUAUAUAGGCAAAGCGCUGAUCGAUCCAACUUUGCAGACAAAGCAGGGUAACCCCAAGGUUCCUCACUACCGAACGGUAUCUCAAUGGGUUCUGACCUGGAUUGAGAUGAAGGACGCCACCGACAUCAAAAAAGCAUUUCGGGUUUGUGGCCUUGUUAAACGACAGUCAUUUGAUGUGGAAGACCUCCAUCUCCCGCGCGAGCUGUUGGAGGCGAGUAUUGAUUUGGAUGAAUGUCACCGCAGAUACAAGGCUCUGCUUGACGAAGAAGCUGAUCUAGAAGAGGUUUGCAUUGACCCACCUGAGUGGUAUGUACCGGAGGAGACUAAAUCAAGUCUUCAUCGUUGCCUCCGUUUCAGCCUCGCACCCUCUAUCGCCGACUACACCACGCUGCUGACGGAGUUCAUGGCUGGACUUGAAGAUUUGACGGGCUUACUUGACCACGACUAUAUUGAGUCGAUCAGAAACGGAACUGCUGAAUGGGGUGAGUUGAAGAUUUUUGCAGCAUCCAGAUUGCACAGAUGCAGCAUUGAAGUGAAAACUUUGAACGACAACUGCAAAGUGAUUUCCGAGUUCACAUACACUGUUCCUGAGGCAACUGGGAAGAUAUGCCUUGCUCGACUGGGCCCUCAGUUUGCGUUGCACGUAGCAGGA